AUGGCCGAAACAAGCCUGCUGGAAGGCAACAGCCUUUUGGAUCUCGACCUGCCGACUUCGACUUCUCUCUUGUCGCAAGCCAAAGCUGACGAGCUCUUUCCGGGUGCAGCAGGUCAAUUCCGAGAGCGCGAUACCAACUUGAUCAGUCCUCAUGGCUCCCAGAGCGAGGCUCAGAAAGCUCUCAAUGCAUGGGGCUCGCAAGGAUCGUCCAAGCUGAACACGUCGGUGUUCAUCAGAAGCCCUGAUGGAGGCGGUGGCAUGGAUUUCGAUGCGGAACUUGACUUGGAUCAGUUGCUCGACGAAGAGAUGGACAUGCAGCAAGACUCGGGAGAGUACCAGCCGUCACACAAGCCCGAACCGAAGGCGCCUAUGCUCGGACAUGACGAUGACGAGCUCGAAGCCUUCUUGCUCGCAGAGGAAGAACAAACCGCCGCGCCUCGGCUAGCACAACCCUCGCAACGCCCACCUUCACCUCUACCUGACAUUCUCGCUAACGACACAGACCCGGCUCCUUUCCAGCACGUCUCAUCUUCGCCAGCGUCAUCUCUCGUUUCUGACCUUCUCGAAAGCAAUGGUCUGCUUGGCACGUCGUCUCAGCCAAGCUCGCAGCACUCGAUCACGCCUGUGACGGCGAAAAUCCAGCCGCAAACGUGGACGAACAAACCGUUUUCGACAUCGGGACAGGGAUCUUCAAGGGCGAUCGAGGCACUGUCAACGGCUGAGAUGGAGGUAGAGGGGUCAUCGGACUCUGCAGGUGCAAGCGAAGCUCAGGCAGGACCCUCACGACUUCCUACCCGAGUGAAGCCCGUAGGCGUCCCAAAAUACAUUCCUGCCGGCUUCUUCAAUGCAACCACCAUGGACGGAAAAUUGGUGCGCUUUGAGCGUCGAAAACGCGUGAAAGGAUGGAAGCCACCCGCCAUCAUGUCCGAUGUCGAUACCUCGCAGCUUCUCGAGCGACCGAUCCAUCAGCUGCUCGACGCUGUAGAAGCUCUCAAGGCGCUAGAUGUGGUCGAACGCGACGAAGAAGGGCGUGCUCGCGCUCGGCAGACACCUCGACCGACAACAUCAGCAGAAGGUGUCAAUGGUACUUCGCAAAUGUGGGUGGACAAGCAUCGACCUGCCAAAUUUACAGAGCUCCUUGGCGACGAGCGGGUGCAUCGCGAGGUGCUGGGUUGGCUCAAGGAGUGGGACGAGUGCGUCUUCAAACGCAAGAACCACCGCAAGGAGCGUCAUCGACAGUACAUUCAGGCCAAGUACAGCUAUUCCGACCAUGCAAACGGAAGCAACGGCAGCGAUCAUAUUUGGAAAGAUCCGUACGGCCGUCCGAAGGAGCGCAUCAUCAUGAUCUCGGGUCCGCCUGGAUUAGGAAAGACAACACUUGCUCAUGUGAUCGGCGCGCACGCUGGCUACAAUGUCUACGAGCUGAAUGCCAGUGAUGCUCGUACGUCAGGAGCGGUCGAAGACGUGAUCAAGAUGGCACUCGAGUCCGGCAGUCUCAAGGAUCCGAGACCCACACUGGUGGUAAUUGACGAGAUUGAUGGUGCAACAGGAGGCGGUGGUGGCGCUUCGGGCGAGUCUCACGGCUUUGUGCGUGCGUUGGUACGACUGGUGGAGAUGGGCAAGGCGGCUGGUCCGAAGGCGGCUGGCCUUGCUGCUCGUGGGAAGAAACAGCAACGCAAAGGCUACAAGCCGCUUCUUCGACCCAUCAUUUGCAUUUGCAACGACCUCUACGCCCCCUCGCUGCGUCCGCUGCGACCCAUGGCCAAACUCAUUCGAUUCAACAAGCCGCCGACGAAUGUCGUAGUCAAGCGUCUGCGCGAAGUCUGCGAGGCCGAAUCACUCUCAGUUGAAGCCCGCGGUCUGUCCCUCCUGGCAGAUCUCACCAACGGCGACAUUCGCUCUUGCCUGAACGCGCUCGAGUUUGCAAAGACCAAGAACAUUGCCCUGACGGAAGCAGCGGUCAAGAAUGCAUCGAUCGGGAUCAAGGACACGGGUGGAACCGUUCACAAGGCUUGGGAGAUGCUCUUCCGGCGUCAGAACCGGAAGCAGGCAGCGGCAUCGAGCAUGAAAGGCGCCAACGCGCACGCUGCAGAUGCAGAAGGCUCACCGUGGAAUUCUUCACGUAAAGCGUCGGCGCAGGAGUUGACACGGGAGGGCAAAGAGAAGCAAAAGGACUUUGCGCUUGUGGACACACCUCAAGAGAAUGUCAGCCGCAUCAUACACGAGGUGAGCAGCUGCAACGAGUAUGACAAGCUUGCGCAAGGCUGCUUCGAGCACUAUCCGACGCUUCGCGCAGCUGACGGUGGUUGGAAGCGAUACCGACAGGUUCAUGACUGGCUACACUUUGGACAGAGCAUUUCAACGCGGGCAUGGUCACACGGCAACUACGAGCUGCUUGGCUUCAUGCCUUGGACUUUCAUUUGCUGGCAUCUACUAUUCGCUCACGUCGGCAAUGCAUUGCCCGAAUAUCCCAAGGUCGACUAUGAGAACCAUCUCAAAACUUCGGCAUUCAACGAGAUCGCAUCACAGAUCGUUGGCAAUCUGCCGGCCAACGUCCGCUCACAGUUCAACCGACAUGCGGUCAUCACCGAGUUGGGACCUUCACUGAUGCGCAUCCUCACUCCAGAUCUUCGACCCAUCAACAACCAAUUGUCACGUGCCGAGGACAAGCAAGUGUUCGGAUCGCUUGUCUCGAUCAUGUCGUCGCUCAACAUCAAAUUCGUGCAGGACAAGAUCUCGGAGGAAGAAGCCGCGGCAACAGGGCAGGGCGCAGGUCAACUUGUAUACAAGCUUGAUCCUCCGCUUGACAUCUUUACGCAAUUCGAGGGUAAGCGCUCCAAGGAGGUUGGACCUUCGCGCUUUGCAGUACGUCAAUUGAUCGCAAGGGAGAUGGAGAGGCGGCUGCUAAGAAGGAAUGCAGGCGUCGAGGGCGAUGAGGACGAUGCGGGCUCCACCUCGAAGAAUGCGACAGCGAUCUAUCGGUGCAAGAGCGCCAGCACGGAUGUCGCACGAGAUUCGAUCAAGAACAGGAAGGAGAAGAUUGCGGUCGACUUCUUUGGUCGACCCAUUGUGCAGAAGCGCGCAUCAGUGCCAGCAGCACUGUUGGCGGUACCGAUUCCGGAAGGCAUGGGAGGCAAGAAGAGGAAGUUGCCAGAGAUACGAUCUGUCAGCUCGAGUGAGUUGACGCCAUCCUCCAGCAACGAGGCUGCAGCGACAGCAGAGAUCACAGCGACAAGCGGUACCCCUGAAAUUGCUAGCGAUGGCAAGAUCAAAGUGUUCUACCGAUACCAUGAGGGUUUCUCAAAUGCGGUACGACGCCCGAUGAAGAUCUCUUCGCUUCUGUAG